UCACCACGUAACUGUAAAUUGUAAUCCAGACCGUUUCAGGAUGUGAAGAAAACGUACCAGCGUCCGCGUCUUUUAAAAUGAUCCAACACACACCACAGUCUUUUAGUAUCCAACAGGCGCUGAGAUUAUCCGAUGAAAAAGAAAUAAAGCAACAGGAGCGGUAGCAAUAACAUGACCAGAGGAUCUGAUGAACAUGCAGCACUGCAACCUGCUUUGUCUUCCUGAAAACUAUCAAAUGAAGUACUAUUUUUACCAUGGACUUUCCUGGCCACAGCUUUCCUACAUAGCUGAAGAUGAGAACGGAAAGAUAGUUGGAUAUGUUCUAGCCAAAAUGGAGGAGGAUCCUGAUGAUGUACCUCAUGGACAUAUUACAUCACUGGCUGUUAAGCGUUCCCACAGACGUCUUGGUCUUGCUCAGAAGUUAAUGGACCAGGCAAGUCGAGCCAUGAUUGAGAACUUCAAUGCCAAAUAUGUCUCUCUGCAUGUUAGAAAAAGCAAUCGAGCAGCCCUUCAUCUGUAUUCAAAUACGCUGAAAUUUCAGAUAAGUGAAGUAGAGCCAAAAUAUUAUGCAGAUGGAGAAGAUGCAUAUGCAAUGAAGAGGAACCUUACACAGAUGGCAGAUGAGCUGCAGAAGCCUGGUAUACGUUUGUGGGGAUCUGAGACGCCUCAUUCACAGACAGAUACAGUGACUGGGCUGGUGCAGAAACUUGCAGUACAAGAUGGAGAGAAGGAAGUAGAUGGAGACAGUGGAGGAGAGAGCAAAGAGAUGAGUGAAGUAAGCGAGGCCACAGAAAGUACAGAUGUUAAAGACUCUUCUUCUGAUUCCUAAACAAACCUUAAUUCAUCUGUCCCAACCCCACAUCUCACCUGGCUUUUUAAAUUGGUUAUUUUGGUUAAUUUAAUUAGCAACGUAUUAAAGCUGAUAAUGAUGGAAAUAUUUCUAAAAACAAAUUAAUUAAAUUUGACACAAUGUUACUCGUUGCUUUUU